AUGGAAGAAAUUGAAGAGAAAUAUAAAAUAAUAAUCGACGCUUUAUAUGAUACGUGGUCUAAUGACCAUGAUAAAAGAAAGGAAUCAGAAAAGCUUUUAUAUGAGUUAGAAAAAGACGAGAAAUUUAUUAUAUGUCUGUUUGAUAUAUAUACCUAUAAAAGUAUUCAUCAUAAUAUUAGAAAAUUAGGUAUUAUAUAUUGUAAGAAUUUAAUAGCACGUUACUGGAAUAAUAGAGAUGGAUUUCAUUAUAGUAACGAUACAAAGAAAUUAAUAAAAAAGAAAAUACUUGAUAUAUUAAAUAAUGUAGAAUAUUUAAAUAAUUAUCGUGAGUUGAGUAUUUUAUUAAAGAAGAUAUCUAGAUAUGAACUGGUUCAUAAUUAUCCUGAAUUAUUAGAUUGUCUAUUAUAUAAUAUUAAUAUACAUAAAACAAAUAUAGAUAAUAUAUAUAUAUAUAUUUAUUUACUUUAUAAAAUAUUAAGAGAACAAUAUAGUAAAAAAUUAUUAAAAGAUAAAAAAGAAACAUUUGAUAUCUCUGAAAAGUUUAUUAAAUCUCUUGAAUUUUUUUGGAAUAAUUCUAUUAAUUUAUAUUUCCAGAAUAAUGCAACUAAUAUUUUUUGUAUGUGUAAUGAUGAAAAAAAUUGUAAUAAAUGUAAAAAUUUAAAUUCACUAAUUAAUUUAUAUGAAAAACAAUUAUUUGUUUCAAAUGUCGAUGAUCCUAUUGAAAAUAAUAGAACUGCGAAUGACAACAUUCCUGAGAAUGACAGUUAUUAUAUACAUGAGAAAAAAAUGCAUAUGAUGAAAUACUUGGAUAGUAUAAUUCUUAAUUUAAUUAUUAAUAGGAAUGACAUAAAAAAGGUGAAUAAUUAUGUGCAUUCAAAAGUGACUAAUGAAAAUAAAGUGGAUCAAGAAAAUAAAGUGGAUCAAGAAUAUAAAGUGGAUCAAGAAUAUAAAGUGGAUCAAGAAUGUAAAGUGGAUCAAGAAUAUAAAGAAGAUCCAGAAUAUAAGGCAGAUACAGAAUAUAAAGCAGAUCAAGAAUAUAAAGAGGGCAAUGAAAAUAACAAAAAUAAGGAAAGUCCAAAUAGUACCACCAACAACAAUAAUAAUAAUAAUGUUGAUGAUACCGAUUUGAAUAUAAGAAGCAAUUUUUUGAAUGCCUUUAUCAAUAAGACGAUAUACUAUUUAAAAUUUAUUAACAACAAUUCUGCAAGCUAUUAUUUAAAAUAUUUGAAAUUUUUAUUGACUUCAUUUUUCCUUAUGAUAGAAUUUCAUACUUCUUUCCAUGUUUAUUUAAAAAAAGACAUAACAGAGAAGUUAAUAUGCUUAUUUUUAAAAAAAAAUUUAAGUUUAAAUAAUUAUAUGAAUGAUUAUGAACAUAAGUUUAUAGAGAUAGUAAAUUUGUGUAUAUCCAUUUUGAAGUCCAUUUUUUAUCAUUUCUGUUUAAAUCAAUACAAUUUAAUAAAACAAAAGAAAGUAAGAGAAAAUUAUAUUAAUGUCAAAAAUAUAAUGUGUAAUAAAAAUAUUAAUAUAGAAAAUUACAAUGGAAAUACCUUAGAAUCUAAAAUAAUAAACAAUUUUAUGAUUAAUGUAAAAAAUAUGGAAAAUGAGAAUAAUAAUCUUUUUAAUAAAAAUUUAUCAUUAAAAGAUAUCUUAACAUAUAUAAGAGAAGAAGUAAAACAAGCUUUAUCAAAUGAUGAAUUUAUAUUACUUCAUAAUGAAAAAGCUUUAGAAAUAUUUGAUUUUUUAAGAAUAUAUUGUAUUAAUAUAUCAUCCGAACAAAUAAUUGAAGUUACAUUAAAUAUUAGAGAUGAUUAUGAAACAGAAGAAAAUAUUUUUUAUAAUAAUGCAAAAGAUUGUAUUGUUGAACUUUCUUCUGAACCAUUUUUAUUUUCCAUAUUUCAUCAUUUCUUUGAACCAUUAAUUAAUUCAUUUCAUAAUUAUGCACACUUUUUAAAAGGUUUACCAAUACAUUUAAAAAAUAUACAAGUUCCAGAAUUUUCAUCUGCAAUUAUUCAAUUAGAUGGAUAUUUAAAUAUUUAUUAUAUUUUAUAUCCAUCAUUUCAUAAAAAAAUAAAAAGUGAACAUAUUUUAUGUAUGAUAAAAUUUUUUAUGGAUUUCUUAAAUAUUAAUUAUACACAUCCUUUAAUUAGUUAUCGUAUAUCUUUAAUAAUAAAAGUAUGGAUUAAAUGUUAUAAAACAUCAUUUCCAUUUAUAGACGAUAUUAUAUUACUUAUAUAUGAAAAUAUUCGUUUUUUAUAUAUACAACUAUUACAAAAAAAUGUAGUCUCAUUAAUAUCAGAAAAUAUCCCUUCUUAUGUUAAUGAUAUCACCUUUCAACAUUAUGCUAUAAAAUCAGUUAAUUUUUUACCUAUACUUUUUUUCAAAUUUAUAUCUUUAUUUAAGUAUUUUUUCAAGUAUGAGUAUGUAUACAAAAAUUAUGAUUAUAUAAAUGAGUUUCUGGUUGCUUGUCUGAUAAAUGUAUUAACCAAGAUAACGUAUCCGAAAAAUAUUCAAAAGAUUUUAAAGAUCCUUAGUCACAUCGUAUUUAUGAGUAAUAAAGAAAAGGACAUUACAAUAUUCAAGGAUAACUACAACUUUUUAUUAGAUCUAUAUAUGAAUAGCAAUAUAUCAAUUAAAGAAUAUAUUUUAAAUAUCCUAGUACAGAUAUUAAAUAAGAAUUAUGAAUAUGUAGGUAGUUUAGUAGAAUAUAUGAACAAAGAAAAUUAUCAUAAUGAUAAUAAUAAAAUAGGUGUUAAUGAAAAAGGAUGUGAUGAUAUUGUUUUAUUUUAUUUUAGUUUUGAUAUAAUAUUAUAUACAUUAUCUGCAAAGAUAGAAAAACAGCCAUUUAAAGAUUAUGUAAUUUUUAACCAUCCCCAUAUAGCAAGUGAAUAUAAAUCUAUUCACAAUAUUAAUAAUGAUAUAAAUAAUAAUACUAAUAUUAAUAACUUUCAGUUUAAUAAUAUUUAUAAUAAUUUAAUAAAUUUACCAUAUAUUAAAGAAAUAAAUCUAGAUAUUGAUAAAACCAUAAGUGAUAACUUUUAUUCGUUAUGGAUUUGUGUCCUAAAAUUGAUAUAUAAAAUGUUUCAUCAUAAAAAAGAAGAAAUAGUAAAGAAGAUAUGCUCUUUUUAUAUACCGACUAUUAAUUAUUUAUAUGAAUAUUUUAAGAAUCAGACAUUAGGAAAAAUAUCCUAUGAACUAUCAAAUUUAUGUUUAGAUGUUGUUAUUGAAUAUAUGUGUUUAUUUAUUAUGCAUGAAACACAUGAUUUUUAUUUAACAUAUGAAUCUAUGAAUAUUAAAAUGUUAACUAACGAUAUAUUAAAAAGUACCAUUUUAAAAGUGAUUGAAUUUAAUUUUAUUUUGAAUGAUGAAAUAAAAAUAGAAAAAUGUAUAUAUAUAUUACACCUUUGUUUAAGUAUAUACAAAAAUGAUAUGAAAAGUGAAAAAUCAAUUAUAUACACAUAUAUAGCUCAAUUUGUAAUAAUAUAUUUUUUAAAAGUCUUAUUGAAAUAUUUUAGUAAGUAUUUCAAUUUUUAUAAUUACAUCCAACAAAAUAAGAACAAAAGAGCUGCACGAAAAGAUGCAAAUAAAAAUUAUAAUGUUCAUAAUAAUAAUCAUAAUGAUGAUAUUCAAAAAAAUGGUAACAUAAUUUUUGAUGAAUAUAAAAAUGGAGAAGAAAAAUGGAAUGAAAAUAAAAAUAAUACACCAAAUAGGUCACUUAACAUACAAAGUGACAAUAAUAAUAAUAAUAAUAAUAAUGAUGAUGAUGAUAGUAAUAACAAUGACAGUAAUAAUAAUAUGAAUAGUAACAGUGAACAAAUAAAUAAUAAAUUAAACCAAUGUAAUAAAAAUCAUAUUAAAUAUAUAUAUGAUAAUAUUAUAAAUUAUCAACAUGAUGAAAAUUUUUUAAAUGAAUUUACCCAUUUUCAAAAUGAUGUCAAAAAAAUGUUCAAUAUAAAUUAUAUAAAUGAUUAUGAUAUUACUAAAACUUUUGUUAAUUUUAAUUUUUCAACAAUUAAUGAAGAUAAUUAUAGCUAUAUAAAUAGACAUAGUGUCUUUACUUUAAUUUCUAUUUUAUCUUUGUAUGAACCAAACUAUCUUAAUUAUAUUUUAAUUACAUUCUUAGCAUAUUUCAAAAUUAAUAUCUCUAUAUUUAUCUUUUCCUUUUUUUAUCAAUCACAAUAUAUUCAUAAUAAAAAUAUACUCAAUUCUUUACUUAUUUUUAUUUAUAUUUUAACACAGAAUUAUAUAUUUACACCAUUCCCAUCUAUUUUCCUUCAAACAAAUUUUCCAAGUAUAACUAAUACUCAAAAUUUUGAAAAAUUAAUGUACGAUACAAAUAAAAAUAAUCAUUUAUUUACAUGUAACAAAGAUGAACAUACUUUAUUAAUCAUAGAAAUAUUGAAAUUUAUAAAUAAUAUACUAAAUACAAAUAAAGAUAUUUAUAUAGAGAAAAAAAAUAUACUUCACCUCAGUAGCAUAUCUACUAAUUUAAAUGGAACCAAAAUAUUCCACUCUUAUAAUUAUAAUUACAUACUCAGAAAAGUAUUGAAAUACGACGAUUUUGCGAAUAUAUGUAGCAGAGCUUUGGAUAAUAUAUUGACAUAUUUAAUGGAUACCAAUAAUGUAGAAGAUAACAACAGAAAAAAUAUAAUUGCGAAUUAUUUGAAAGAUAAUAUUGAUGAUAUGAAUAGUGCCAUAAUUGAUAUGUAUAAAAAGUAUAAUAAUUUUUUUUAA